AUGCACAUUGAGAAGAAUUGUUGUGAUGCUAUUCUUGGUACGCUGUUGAACAUUUCUGGGAAGACUAAGGAUGGGGCUGCUGCUCGUUUGGACAUGGUCGAAAUGGGUAUACGGACUGAUUUGAAGCCUACAACUGCUGCAAAAAGGGACAAGUUGCCUUUGGGUAGUUGGAACUUGUUCCUGGAUGAGAGAAAGAUUGUUUGCAGUUCCUUUUUCAAUAUGACCGUUCCAGUUCGGUUUUCAUCCAAUGUACGAAAUCUGGUGUCAAUGGAGGAUUUACGACUUGCUGGUCUUAAAUCACAUGAUUGCCACACUAUAAUGCAACUUCUUCUCCCUGUUGCAUUACGUUCAGUUUUGGAGAAACCAGUUAGGUACGCAAUUAUUCGGUUUUGCCUAUUCUUCAAAGCAAUAUGCAGUAAAGUGAUCGACGUUUCAAAAUUGCAACAAAUGCAAGCAGACCUGGUCGAUACAGUUUGCUUGCUUGAGAAGUUCUUUCCACCAUCAUUUUUUGACAUAAUGAUUCACCUAACUGUCCAUCUUGUUAGGGAAGUCGAGUUAUGUGGUCCGGUAUUUUUUAGAUGGAUGUACCCUUUUGAGAGGUACAUGAAAGUGUUCAAAGGAUAUGUGAGAAAUCGACAAUUUCCUGAAGGGUGCAUUGCAGAGUGUUACAUUGUAGAAGAGGCAGUUGAGUUUUGCUCAGAACGUAUGCUUCCUAGAGAGGCUACCACUAUUGGGAUCCCUUGGAGAACCAAACUUGGGCUCUUAAAUGGCUGCAAGCCUUUAUCAGGCGCCACCAUCAUUAUUGUCGACAGAAAGCAACUUGACAUGGCCCACCUAUGUGUAUGCACGAACACUGAAGAUGCAAUCCCUUAUUUCAAAGAGCAUAUGGAAUUCCUAAAGUUGAGUUUUCCAAGGUUCAAAAAAAAUAAGAAGUGGUUGAAGGACAAACAGAACCUUACCUUUGCUGGUUGGUUCAAGGAGAGGGUUGCAAAUGAAAUGAGAUUUGCCGAUAAUGAUGUUCCUGAAACCAUUAGGUGGCUGGCUGGUGGACCAAAAAUGGAGGUCCCUACAUUUGGUGGUUACCAUGUGAAUGGGGUUGAUUUUAACACUUCGGAGCGUGACAAAGUACGAUCAGUUCAAAAUAGCGGGGUUUUUUUGGUUGCUGAUGCAAUGCAAGUUGCUAGUGCAAGGGAUAAAAACCCUAAAACUGAUGAUAUGGACUUUUACGGCAGGAUACAACAAAUUUGGGAGGUGGACUACUACAAGUUUAGGAUACCUGUCUUCAUGUGUGAUUGGGUGGAGUCAGCUAGGGGGGUUAAAGUAGACGAACUUGGGUUUACUUUGGUUAAACUUGAUAGGGUAGGGCAUUUAAAUGAUCCGUUUGUCUUAGCUACCCAUGUGAAACAGAUUUUCUACAUACAAGACCCCCUUGAUGAUCAAUGGUCAGUGGUAGUGCGGUGCCCGGAAAGAGACUACCAAGGAGGGUGUAAUGAUGAAGAAAUGGAAGAUAUUGAACUGGAACAACACCCAUUCAUUCCUACAAUGCCAUCGAUUGAGACCUUUGAUGAUGUAGUUGGUGAUCUGCCUAGCUCCUAUAUUCGAGAUGGCGAUGAAGGAAUAUGGGUUGAGAAUGAGGAUGGUCGACGUGUUUAA